AUGUUGUGUAGGUAUGUACAUUCAGCUUCCUAUAGCCAAGCUCAGAGAGCUUUUGAAGCUGCCAAAGCAAUACAUGAUCUUAAUGGUAUAGCAAGUAUUCUCUUGUACCAUCCUUAUCAUAUAGACUCUCUCAUAACACUGGCGGAGUAUUUUAGAUUUUCGGGUGAACAACAAAUGUCCGCAGAUGCUACUGCAAAGUGUCUAUAUGCCUUGGAAUGUGCAUGGAAUCCCAUGUUCACCCUCUUACAGGGUAGAUGUCAAUUGAAAUAUGCUCACGAAACUAACAAGCCAUUGUUCUCUACACUUUUUAGUCACAUGAAAAACAUGGAUAGGCGUGGCUGUCACCGGUCCGCACUCGAAAUUUGCAAAGUUUUGCUUUCUUUAGAUUCAGAUGAUCCAAUCGGCGUCAUGUUCUGCAUUGAUUACUUCUCUUUGAGGGCAGAGGAGUACUCGUGGCUAGAACGGUUCUCUGAAGAAUAUAAAAGUGAUAACUCCUUGUGGUUAUUUCCGAAUUUUUCGUAUUCCCUUGCCAUAUGCCGGUUUUAUCUUGAACACGAGGCACACUCAGAGGACACAGAAAUGGAGACUGGAAAAGCUACUUCAACUGAUCUCAUGACGCAGGCAUUGAUGCUUUACCCUUCAGUGUUGAAGAAACUAGUGGCAAAGGUACCUUUAAAGGAUCAGGUGUGGGCCAGUAUACUUGAGCAUAGUUUCUUUGGACCUGAUCAAACAGGAAGCCCAUCCUUGGAUCACUUGAUUGGUAUAUAUGUUGAAAGGAGUUAUAUCAUAUGGAGGCUUCCUGAUUUGCAAAAGUUUCUUAGGGAUUCUGCACUCGUGGUGAUUGAAAGGCUGGAACAUAAAGCAAGUGAUGCAGAGGAUUGGGCUUGUGUGAGAAAAGAAGCAUUCUCAUCCCAGAAGAAUGAGUAUUGUCAUCUGUUAGUAUCAGAUUUCUCUGAUUCAGUGCCAACCAUGCCACCUGAUGAUUUGCAAAAUUUUAUGGUUGACCCAAGGAUGAGAGAGGUGCAAAACGGGGAAGGAGUUGCCAACCCACCAGGUGGCACACGUGCUCCCCGGGAUGUUGCAAACCGAAAUGCACUUGCUGUCCUAUUUGAGUCUAUGCUACCAUGGAUUGAAUAUGGAAGAAUAGAUGGUGAAGAUGAUCGGCAUGAUGGCCAUGAACAACAUAAUGAAGGUUAA